AUGUCUUCAUUAACUGCUUGUGAUGAAUGUUUCAAGAGAAAAAGAAAAUGCCAAGUAGAUUCCGGUUCUUCUCAGUGCCUCCUCUGCCAGCGGUCGUCCACCCAAUGCACCAGGACACGACGCCAAAAGCGGGUUGGGCGACCUCCAAACCCCGGACCCUCGAACACUACUAAAGGUAUCUUUGAUAUAUGGGACGCCAAUCGAGGCUUCGAGAGGGCUCAAUCAGCUCAGCAACCUGGUCUUGCUGAAAUGAUAUCACCAAGCACUUUGGGAGCAGUGUCUCAACGUAUUCCUUGCACCAAUGAUGAAGGCUUCUAUGCGGCAUUAGAUAUUUGGAUGUUUGGAUCGACCUUUGCAAAGGACUUCCACCGAGCGAUACACUACUGCCAUCGGAAUUCUCCCUGGCUCUUGCACGAAAUGUUUAUUGCCAUGGAUACCUUUAUCGGUUGGGCACGCUUCAAUCGUACCACCUCCGAAAGAGUGGACAUGGAACGGGGCGCCCGAUCCCUCCAGAAGCUCCGCACUGCCGAAGUCACCCAUGCUCAGGAUGCCUUGGCUAUUCUCAUGCUGGGCCAGGCAUUGGCGGCAUUUGAUGCUUUUCUCACCUCCAGGGGCGCCACGUCCAUUCUCCGAUAUUCCCUGUCGCUAAUGAAGCCAUGGUACUCAAGUUUCGAGCAAGUUCAAUUCCUCGACCCCGUAACAAUAAGCCCAAUUUUCUGGGACAUAGCCUGUUGCCUUAUCUAUCGAGAAAUACCCAUCAUUCAGCCGGGAGCGCGUGAUCCAUCAGUGAUUGACCGUUUGGCCGGUCUCUGUCCAUCAGUCUUACCGAUCCUCUACGACCUGUGCGUCAUCGGCCAUAACUUGCGCGGUGACCCGAAACAAACAAACCAGUUAAAUAUUAUAGAGAAAAGUGUGCGCCAGUGGACUCCAGACUACGAAUGUCUCCAAUCAAGAGGUUUUAGCGCCAUAGAAGUCGCCUCGAUACGAACCCAGGCGAUCAUGUAUAGAACCGCAAGCCUACUCCUCAUCCAUCGCCUGCGUCAUCCGUUAACAUGUCACGACAACACUGCUGUGUUGCUUGCGAACGACAUUCUUACCGAGAGAAACAACUUCUUUGCCGCUCAAGGAAACGAAGCCACUCUCCAGAAUGUUGUGCUGCCGUUAUUCCUGGCCUUAUUGGAAGUUCCAUGUUCUCCUUUAGAAGUAUGGAAAAGUUCCACUAGGCUUCGAGUGCGUACGGCAUGUCUCAAUACCAUCCUCAUCUUCCAUCAAUUCUUCUGGGAGCGGAAACAAUCUGGGUUCAACGGAUUUCUGUUUGACCUGAUUGACAAUGGGCCCAAAUUUGUGCCCCUGCCAUGA